GAAGAGGUUAAAUAGCGUAAAUAAUCUAUAUCAGUCAGAUAAUUUGUUGAAUCUUUUUAUUCAAGACUCACAGAAAGGAGAAUUGGUCGCCGGCGAAUCGUGAUAUCGGUUUUAUGACGAUAAAAAGACAGCAUAUGAAGGAUGAGAGCACUGGCGGUAAUACCAACACUAGAAACCUUUUCAACGAUUUCCUUUGCAUAGAUUACUUCAUGGAAUUUUGUUAGGAGGCUUGACCGAUUUCUUCAAAUACGACUUUAACCUUCUAUGAUCACAUUAUUAACCUUAUAUGGAAUGUAUAGUAUUCAUGGAGCUUCUAUGGCCGAUAGAAAACAUUUAAUAUUCAAUAUUUGCUACACAUCAUACGGCAUUCAAUUGUGAUAAAUGUAUUACCCAGAAGGCCGUCGUAAUCCACCACCGGGAUCGACGCCAUCACUAAUUCGUUCCUGUUAACAAUAUAUCUGAUAUCUCACUAAUUCAUAACGUUAGGCUUAGAUUGGUGAUCGAUUUUCAGGCAGUUUAGCGUCUUAUCAAUUGUUGGAAUAUAUAAUCUACGUCUAGCCCCUUUAUUCAGUAUUUAAGGGUACCACAGGCAUUUUAUUUAAGAGUGCCUGAGUUUUUUUAAUACUAUUACAUCAAAAGAUUCGUCAUAUUGAAAAUAGUGCGAGUGAUUAGGACAAGUUUCGAUGGAAUGACGUGAUGCAGAUAACAUAUAACAGCCAUGGCCACAGAAUCAACACCCUUAAUGGCAAACGACUUUGUUCAGGAUAGCGUGGUACACACUGUAGCCUAUGACCCAGAAUCGGAUACCGACAAAAAGAGUUUAGACGACAAGCUCGAGGAUGUUCCUCCACUUUCAAGGGAUCCUGUUCAGAGAACCGGUAUUUUGUCCUUGUUUCAGCGAAAGAAAGAUAAAACCGACCCAAAUAACAUCGCAACACAACCGAGUGUCUUUGACACCGCAGACGCAAAAUACUUCGAACCAUCUCCGGAGUACGAGAAUAAACAUCGCUUUGAUCCACUUUUCAGAUGGACAUGGGGUGAGCAAACGAAGGUAACGAGAAAAGCGGAUUUCAGGAUUCUUCCAUGGUGUAUGCUUUUAUUCUUUGCUCUUGAUAUCGACCGCUCGAACAUUACUAAUGCAACGGCGGACAAUUUUCUGGACGAUCUGGGUCUAUCACAGUCAGAUUAUAACUUAGGACAAACGUUGUCGAAGAUUGGUUUCUUGGUAGCGGAGUUACCUUCGCAAUUAGUCAGCAAAAGAGUUGGUCCUGACCGCUGGAUACCAACCCAGAUUGUUAUAUUCUCAAUCAUCAGUGGUGCGCAAUUUUGGCUAAGAGGUAGAACGUCGUUCUUCGCGACGCGUUUUUUGAUAGCUUUCUUCCAAGGCGGCUUUAUUCCAGACACAAUAUUAUACCUCUCAUAUUAUUACACAAAGACGGAACUUCCUAUUAGGAUAGCAUUAUUUUACACAAUUAACCCGAUAGCAGACUUAGUUACGGCCUUUUUGAGCGUUGGUUUGCUGGAAAUGAGAGGCAUCUUGGGUUACGAAGGUUGGAGAUGGAUGUACCUCAUCGAAGCUCUGAUAACCUUGGUUAUUGGUAUAGCGGCGUUUUUCUACCUCCCAGCCGGACCAACUCAAACCAAAAUUUUCAAUGAAAAAGAAGAGAAAAUUAUCACGAAUAAAAUACUUCGCGACGAUCCAGGGAAGGCUAGUAUGCACAACAGGCAGCUUCUAACACCACGUAUGCUUUUAAAGUCUCUACUGGACUGGGACCAAUUUCCGCUUCUGCUGCUAGGAUUCACUUUCAACCUUCCUUCUUAUCCCGUCAAAAAUUAUCUCCAACAGAGUUUCAAAUCACUCGGCUUUUCUACCGUCAUGUCCAACUUACUCACAAUACCGUACAUUGCAGUCUCUAUCAUCACAGUUGUUGCAGCUGCUUGUCUCUCUGAGCUGGUUGAUGACAGAGGUUUCAUCAGUACAAUUCAGCAGAUUUGGAUGCUCCCUUGCUUUGUCGCAUUACUGGUAUUGAAAUCACCCGGCCCAUGGUCCUAUUUCGCAAUCUCAACAGUACUACUGGGAUAUCCGAAUGUUCAACCUAUCAUGAUUAGCUGGUGUUCUGCUAAUUCAGGUGAUGUUUCCAAUAGAACCGUCAGUGCAUCACUUUUCAACAUGUUCGUUCAGGUUUCUGCAAUCGCCGGCUCCAACGUUUAUCAGAAGGAUGAUGUCAACUACACCAAGGCGAACAGUGGACUGAUAGGUGUCCUAUGCGUCAAUAUACUUCUGUUCCCUGCUACAAAGCUUUACUAUCACUUGAGAAAUCGCUACAAAGAGAAGAAAUGGAGUGAACUGACAGUUGAUGAGAGGAUAGAGUAUAUUAGGACAACGAAGGAUAAAGCCAAUAAGAGGCUCGACUUUAGGUUUGUUCAUUAAUAAUUAGUUUUUUCAAUAUGUCAUUGGGCUUCCUAAUUCUUGUAACUUUAUUUAAUUAGACGUCAGUGUUAGAUUCUAAUUGGAUGAAGCAUAGCAUCAGUUAUUUUCCACAUCUUCAGUCUGAAAUACAUUUUCGGGCAGACACAGAGAACAGAAACGUUCGAAAUAAUAUUGCCGUUUUCCGCAAAAUUGAUAGAAACUUAACGUUUCUGAAAAAAUAUAU